ACAUCAUGUAUUGUGCGUUGUUGAUUGUGACAAUCGCCCUCGCCGGGGUAUGGGCCGAUGCUGAUGAAGAUAAAUCAAAAUGUAUACAAGCGUUGAAUCCUGGUACUUUCCGUUGUUGCAACAAAGGACCUAACAACAUGGGCUUGCCUAUAUCACCAGAAGCACUUCAUCGGGAUGAGGCUCUUAAAGAAUGUUUCCAAUUACCUGAAAUGAUGGAGUCUUGUGCACGAGAAAUAUGCAUUGGAAACAAAAGAGGAAUUGUGUCACUGGAUGGUAAUGUCGAUUUGGCUUCCGUGAAAUCGAAUGUUGAGAGAGAUUUUAAAGAAUCACCGGAACUUGUUACUAAAAUUGUACAAAACUGUAUUAAUAAUGGUUUCUCAAAAUUUGGAUCGGAUGAUAUGUGUGACAUAAUGAAGCUGAAACAAUGUCUCGAGCUGCAGAUACUGAGUAUGUGUACAGAAUGGAACAAUGAACCACCAUGUACAGGAUCAAAAGAUAUUAUCGAUAAGUGUUCUGAAAUAUAUGCGUAAUUUCUAUU